AUGUCCGCCAUCCCGCUCCAUCGCUGUCCCGAUCUAGAAAUCAAACUCGACACGCCAAAAGGGCGCGGAGUCUUCGCUACGAAAGAUAUACCCGCCAAGACCGUUGUGGAUGUUUGCACGGUGCUGGUUCUGGGGCUGGAGGAGAAUGCGCUGUAUGUUGGGCGGACGGCGCUGUAUCAUUACACGUAUAAUUGGCCCGUAGCGGAUGAAAGCGGCAAAAAGCGAAUAGCGCAAGCAGUCGUCUUCGGGCUGGGAUCCAUGUUCAACCACUCGACGCAGGAGCAAAACGUGUCAUGGGAGCGAAACGCAGAGCAUGAAAUCAUCACGUAUCGAGCGUUGCGAGACAUACGAGCUGGGGAGGAGCUUUGUAUUUCGUAUGGAAGUCGUCUGACCUUCAAGGACACGGACGCCCCGACUCCUCCGCCGCCAGAAGAAGAAAUGGAACAGCUCCUCCAGAUACAACUCGAGUGA